CCGGUGGCCGUGAGGGAGCCGGUGCCUCGAUCGUGCCCUGAAGCAUUAACGGCCGCUUCCGCUCCUCUUCCCGCAGCGCGGCCCGGCCAGGCGCGGCCCCGCCGUCCUGGGGAGAGGCGGCAUGGCCGGCCCGCACCUGCAGCAGCCCAGCUUCCUGCUGGCCACGCUGAAGGCAGACUGUGUGAACAAACCCUUUGUUCAGAGGUGCCACGAUCUGGAGAGGUACAUUGAGGAGUUCCCCGCCAAGGAGCUACAUGGCAUCUUCCCAUGGCUGGUGGAGAGCAUUUUUGGUAGCCUGGAUGGCAUCAUUGUAGGCUGGAAUCUUCGCUGUUUGCAAGGAAAAACAAAUCCUAUCGAAUAUCCCGUGGCUUUGGAUUUCCUGGAUCCCAGUGGCCCAAUGAUGAAGCUGGUUUACAAACUCCAAGCAGAAGAGUAUAGAUAUGAUUUCCCAGUCUCGUAUCUUCCAGGCCCUGUGAAGGCUUCAAUACAAGAGCAAGUCCUACCUGAAUGCUCUUUAUACCACAACAAAGUACAGUUUCCUUCAUCUGGUGGUUUAGGUUUGAAUUUGGCUCUCAAUCCAUUUGAAUAUUAUAUGUUCUACUUUGCAAUUAGUUUGAUCACACAGAAGAACUCGCCCGUCACCCAUCAUGUCAGCCCUUCCAACAGUGCUUAUUUCAUCUUGGUGGACACGUACCUGAAGUGUUUCCUGCCCACAGAAGGAAGUGUCCUUCCUCCACCGUACUCAAAUCCUGGGGGAGCCAUCCCUUCCCCGACUCCCAGGUCUCCACCAGUGCCUUUCACUUCCUAUGGCAUGCAUCACACCAGCCUGCUGAAACGGCACAUCGCCCAUCAGCCUUCCGUGAAUGCUGACCCAGCUUCCCAGGAGAUCUGGAGAUCAGAAACGUUGCUUCAGAUCUUUGUUGAAAUGUGGCUUCAUCAUUAUUCACUGGAAAUGUAUCAGAAAAUGCAGUCCCCUCAUGUCAAGGAGUCAUUUAAGCCCACGGAAGAGCAUGUGCUGGUGGUAAGACUGCUUGUGAAACACCUGCAUGCUUUCAGCAACAGCCUGAAACCAGAGCCUCUCUCCCCUUCAGCCCACUCCCACACAGCCAGCCCACUGGAGGAGUUUAAAAGGGUUGUAAUUCCUCGGUUUGUCCAGGAGAAACUUUAUAUCUUUCUGCAACACUGUUUUGGUCACUGGCCUCUGGAUGCCUCUUUCAGAGCAGUUCUUGAGAUGUGGUUAAGUUACUUGCAGCCUUGGAGGUACGCUCCGGAAAAGCCGCCACAAAGCACGGAGUCUUUGCCUCGCAGUGUGUCAGAGAAAUGGGCUACCUUCAUUCAAGAAAACCUACUCAUGUAUACGAAGCUGUUUGUAGGAUUUCUGAACAGAGCUCUUCGAACAGACUUGGUCAGUCCAAAAAAUGCUCUCAUGGUGUUCCGAGUAGCCAAGGUCUUUGCUCAGCCCAAUCUGGCUGAAAUGAUCCUGAAAGGAGAACAGUUAUUCCUGGAGCCAGAACUUGUUAUUCCACAUCGUCAACACCGACUUUUUAUGACCCCCACACUUGGUGGGAGCUUCUUAUCGUGGCCUCCAACUAUUACAGAUGCCUCCUUUAAGGUGAAGAGUCAUGUUUACAGCCUGGAAGGACAGGAUUUCCAGUAUAAGCAGAUGUUUGGCACAGAAGUUAGAAAUUUGGUGUUAAAACUGGCUCAGUUAAUUUGUCAGGCGCAGCAGACGGCAAAAUCCAUAUCAGACCAUUCUGCAGAGACAACAGCCAGCCAGUCCUUCUUUUCAUGGUUUAGAUUUACACCAUCGGAGAUGAAUGGUUCCUACACAGGCAAUGACCUCGAUGAAAUCGGGCAAGACAGCAUCAAAAAAACAGAUGAAUAUUUAGAGAAGGCACUGGAAUACUUGUGCCAAAUCUUUAAGCUGAAUGAAGCCCAGCUGACCCAGAUGAUGAUGAAGUGUGGGACAGCUCAAGAUGAGAAUGGAAAAAAACAGCUUCCAGACUGCGUGGAAAGCGAGGAUGGCCUCAUUCUUACACCCCUUGGCAGGUACCAGAUCAUAAAUGGCUUACGCAGAUUUGAGGUGCAGUAUCAAGGAGAUACUGAACUUCAGCCCAUCCGAAGCUACGAAAAUGCCACUCUUGUCCGCCUCUUAUUUCGUUUAUCCUCAGCACUUAACGAAAGGUUUGCUGAUCAGAUGGAUGCGCUUUGCUCCAGGGAAGACUUUGUGGGUAGACUUUGUCGCUAUCAUCUUACCAACCCUCACCUCAUACAGAAAAUCAGGUACAGUCCUGUGGUGAAGGACAGAACAACACAGAACUGGGGACCAAGAAUCAGUCUGCGGUUCCUGGCGAGCUACAGGACUCUGCUUUCUUUGCUGAUGGUCUACUUCAUUGCAUCCUGGUUUUGCAUUGGGCCAGUGGGCUGCACAUUCAUUAUCCUGAUUGGAUAUUUCCUUUAUGCUGUAAUAAUGACUUUUUUCUCUGAAGGAUGGAAACCACAUGAACACUAAUUUCCUUCUCUGAGCUUACACCUGUAAAAAAUAAAUGUCUUAAGGAUGA